GAUGAUUCGAGCAGCGCAACAUCGUUCCGACAGCGUCCUUCGAAACUUAAGAAAGGCCAAAACAGAGGUGAAAAAACAGAGAGAGGUUUCUCAGGACUUGUGCAGUGCAAGACCGAGAGUCAGCUGACGCGCUCCGGUACUCCAUGGAAGAGCCGACCCCGACGCCGGAGCUCGAGCUCCCGGGUUUCCGGUUCCACCCCACCGAGGAAGAGCUCCUUGAUUUCUACCUUCGGAACAUGAUUUCCAACAAGAAACUGCGGUUCGACGUGAUCGGGUUCUUGAACAUCUACCACUACGACCCGCGGGAAUUGCCUGGCCUGGCGAAGAUUGGUGAAAGAGAGUGGUACUUCUUUGUACCGAGAGAUCGGAAGCAUGGGAGCGGCGGUCGGCCAAACCGGACCACCAAGCAUGGUUUUUGGAAGGCCACCGGCUCGGACCGGAAGAUUGUGAGUCUAUCAGACCACAAGAGGGUACUCGGCCUGAGAAAGACCCUCGUGUUCUAUGAGGGAAGGGCGCCGCGAGGAACCAAAACAGAUUGGGUGAUGAACGAGUACAGAUUACCGGAUGACUCGUCGCCCAAGGAAAUGGUGUUAUGCAAGAUUUACAGGAAGGCCACCUCCCUGAAAGUGCUGGAGCAGAGGGCGGCGAUGGGGGAAGGCAUGAAUAAGGCCGCCACUGCUGCCGUUGCUCACCUGUCUCCUCCAUCUCCAUUCUCACCGAUGGAGACCUCCUCGUCCUUCAACACUCAGCAAUACGACCUGAUGCCAUCAAUGCGCGAGUCUAAGAUUGUGUUCAAGCAGGAACUGCUGGAGGAGGCGGAAGAUGAACAGGAAGUGCAAGGUUUCAUCACAAGCCCACCACAAGAUCUUUUCGUGAACAAAGUGAUGACCAAAGGGUCGUCCUCUUCACUGCAAAUGCCGACUGGGAAGGAGAAAUUGCCGGAGCUGCAACUGCCCAAGAUGCCUGCAGACUGGACGCAGGACAACUUCUGGACUCAGUUCAACAGCCCCUGGCUCCAGAACUUGAACACCCCUUAUUUAACAUUCUGAACUUCUAAUUUGUUGAUCGACCAGAGUCUAAUUCAAAGCUUAGUGGUUGUAGAUCGUGAAAGUAUUCCUCAUCACUUGUGCUUCAUCAAGAGUUUUUGGGUUAGACUUUCAAGAGCUGUGCAUCGAUUGUGUCUGCAUCUAACCGUGCCAUCAUACUCUGUUUUCGCUCCAAUAAAUGAGGAGCCUUUCAUGCGUAGCUUAACUAGCAAGGAAGAAUUCAGCUUGGCUGUACAUUCCCUUGUAACAACUUCUGUCACGAAUCAAAUUGGAAUUCCCUCUUUUUUCCUUAA